AUGGUAAUCCAUUUAGCUACGACGUGGAAAGUUGUGGUCAAAUUAGAAGGUGUGGCUGUGGAUGGUCAGAUGGUGGAUCCCAAUGCGGAAGGCGUGUUUGAGCUGCAAGAUGCCGUGGCUAUGAAGCUGAGCGAGGCGAACAACUGGGUCACUCAACUCAUUGCAGAGCGCACCAAGACAGAGCUGAGAGAGAAACAAGAGGAGCAGGUGACAACAUCGAAAGCUUUUGCCUUCAAAGAUUGCGUGUUGCAGCAGAUUGCGGCGCAAGUAGACGUCCAUGUGAGCAAUGUAAGAAUUGGUGUCACAGGUCUGAUGCCCGGAGAUUCUGCUGUGGACGACCGUGAUUGUGAGACUGAGGAUAAGGACAGUGAGGAUGCAGACGUGGCCACGACCAGCUCAAUCCCGUGUCUUUGA